AUGGAUGAAUAUGACUAUGUCAUCAUUGGUGCAGGGAUUGGUGGCCUGGUGUUGGCAAAUCGCCUCAGUGAGGAUGAGUCCGUCAAAGUGCUGCUCAUCGAAGCAGGUGCCAACCGCAUGGGCGAUCCUCGCAUUGACACACCCGGCUUUCUGGGCACUCAGUAUGGAGACCCGGACUUUGACUGGGACUACAUGACUGUUCCUCAGGAACAUGCAAAGAAUCGCCAAAUUGGUCAACCGCGUGGCCGCGUCGUCGGCGGGUCCUCCGCCAUGAACUUCUCCGUGGCCAUGUAUCCCACAGAAUCAAACUUCGAGGCGUGGAAAGCAUUGGGCAAUGAAGGGUGGGGUUCCGAGGAUAUGGCACCAUACCUUCGUAAAUUCCAUUCUUAUACCGCACCCAGCGAGGCCACGGCAGAGCUGUUGGAUACGGCUCGGUAUAUGAAGAGAGACAACCAGGGAUGUGAUGGACCUGUGCCGAUUUCUCUUCCGGAUGUGUAUGGCCCUUUCAACAAAGCUUGGGAUGAGACCUUUGCCAAGCUGGGCUGGCAAACUGAUGCCGACCCUAUCAAGGGACGGAAAUUGGGAGCCUUCACUUCCCCGUUGACCGUGGAUUCUAAAACUGGAAAAAGAGGGUAUGCGGCGUCGUAUUACUCCCCUGAGGUUGCAGCCCGGCCAAACUUGCGACUUCUCCCAGAGACGAUGGUUGAAAAAAUCGAAUUCCGCCAGGAAGACGGGGAACUGGUCGCAACGGGUGUCAUGGUCAAGACCGGGGACGAGUCGUAUCAAAUCGCUGCGAAAAAUGAAGUCCUGUUGUGUGGCGGUAGUCUGAACUCACCUCAGGUACUUGAGCUUUCAGGUGUUGGAGAUGCCACUCUUCUCAAAAGUCACGGAAUCCCCGUCUUACUUGAUAAUCCCGGUGUAGGUGAAAAUCUGCAAGACCACGCGCUCACCACGAUCAGCUUCGAGGUCGCAGAUGGCCAGAUUUCGGGUGAUAUAAUGCGUGACCCCAAUGUUGUCCAAGCGGUGAUCAAGCUGUAUCAAGAGACAAAUGGAGGCCCGCUGGCGGGCAUGCCACUCAGCACGGCCUAUCUUCCAUUCGUGGAUGGAGAUGGUCUGGUGCCUCGGGAAGAAGUUGAAACUCUCCUCGCCAAACACCUCGACAAUGCAGGCACCCCAUCCAACUUGCGUUUGCAAUAUGACCAAAUUCGCCGCAUGAUUCUCGAUCCUGAGGUUUCAUCGUCACAUUUCCUUUUCCUCCCUGCACAGCUCCACAUGCACCCCGGCAAGACCACUCUGACAGAUGUUUUGGCCAAAACCCUACCGGAGAACUACGUUUCCCUCUUGAUGCUGCAUAGUCAUCCUUUCUCUCGUGGUUCAGUUCAUAUUUCAUCCAACAGAAGCGAGGUCAAACCAACAUACGACCCCAAGCUUCUUUCGCAUCCACUGGAUCUGGAGAUGAUGGCAAGACAAAUGCAAUUUGCCGAACGCAUUGUUGAGACAGAGCCAUUCUCCACUCUACUCAAACCAGGAAAGUCUAUGCCCGAAAUCACACGCGACAUGUGUGAUUUAGAUCAAGUUAAGGAGGUCGUGAAGGAUAGGUUGUUCACUUGUUUCCAUCCGGCAGGCUCCUGUGCCAUGUUACCCAGGGAUCAGGGUGGGGUUGUAGACUCCAAGCUGAAGGUGUAUGGAACAAAAAACCUGCGAGUCGUUGAUGCCAGUGUUCUCCCCCUUGAGCCGAGUGGGAACAUCCAGUCCGCUGUUUAUGCAGUAGCGGAGCGGGCGGCUGAUUUGAUCAAAGACGAUCAAGCAGAAAGUCGCCCUCAGUUGAAUACAUUUCGUGCCUCUGAUAUGGCCGAAUUGGUUGGCACCGUGGCAGCGGUCUUACAGCUGGCCCAAACAGUGGCUUCAACCGCGCUCCAAGUCCACGAUUUCUUUUCUGUGAUCCAAAAUGCCCCUCGAGAGAUCCGCACGAUCAGUAGGGACGUGCAUGCAUUUUACAUGCUUGUCAACAAUUUGGCAACGUCACUAUUGAGUCCUAGUGUUGUAGCCGCGGUUGAAAGUGAUGCUGAAAUUGAGAUGGCACUCAAGACUCUACUUGAUCCUAUGAAGAACUGCCGGGCAGUCCUGACUCGGAUGAAAGAUAAGCUCAGUCCACACCUGAAAGCGGAUGUGUCUGCCGUUCAAGCCUCAGGCCAAGAUUCCGAAAGUGGCAAUCCUAUCUCAGUUGAAAGAUUGCGAAUGAGAAGUGGGAACGUGAGCUGGUACUUUAGGAGGAGAGAGGUAUUCGCUACAGCGAUUGAGCUUGAAAGAACUAAAGCGACAUUUGGGGCUACUAUGGGCAGUAUUACCAUGCUUCUGGCUUUAAAAGGCGCGAGCUCGAAGGACGACAAAAAGGCCAAAAAUUACAAGCACAAGUUCAAUGAAGACGCUGGGUCGGCAUUGAAUGUUUACGCAAACUCCGUUUUCGGGGACAAUGAACCAGCCAACAAAUCCAUGGAAUCUUUCACUACCAAAGUGAACAAACCAACUACAGCUGUUUUAGCGGACCCAGCUCUUGCCGAAGAGCUCAAAAUUGGAAUCAAGAGCAAGUCAAAAUUUGUUAUGGAGGCCCUCCUUCAACAGAUACACGUGGAUGUCCGAGACCAAGCGGGUAGGACUGCAUUGUCACACUCGGCAGAGAUUGGAAACUUCGAAAUCACCGAAUUGCUACUUAAAGAGGGCGCUCUAGUGUCGACCCGGCAGUACAGUCUCAGCAUCAGUCAUCGUGACAGCGGAAAGAGCCCAAUACAUUGGGCAGCAAUGAAAGGACACAAACACAUUGUUGAGCUGCUUCUACAAUAUGGCGCUAAUCCCAAUGCAAGAACGACAUCUGGACGCACGCCCGCACAAGAAGCUGCUGCUGCAAGUCACAACGAGCUUCUGGUGUUCUUGCUGUCUAAAAAUGCGGACAUCAAUACCCAGGCUUACUCUGAUGGCUGGUCGCCUCUACACGAGGUUAUUUAUUUGAAUAACAUCGAAAUGGUUGAACUCUUAGUUGACCACGGUGCUCACUUGAAUGCCCGUUUGACAAGUUCCAAAACACCACUCCACAUGGCCGUGGUUCAACGAAACAUUCGCGUAAUGGAGAUUUUACUCAAAGCUGGAGCUGAUCCAGAUUUACCGAUGAAUGAGGAUAUCACGCCGCUUCACCUGGCUGCUGCUGCCGGCUGGAUUCCGGGUGUGGAGAUACUCGUUCAAAAUGGCGCUGAGAUCAAUGCCAGAGAUUCUUUGACUCUGGAGACACCGCUUCAUAAAGCAGCGAGAAACCGCGGGCUGUAUGCCAUAGAGAGACUUCUUGCGCUGGGCGCGAAUGAGUCGGCAUUCAAUUGUGAUGGGCAGAACUAUGAGGAUAUCUUGAACUGCGCUCAGGUCAAUCCCAAACAUUGGGCUGUAGACAGCUCUCGGGGUGCUUAUCUUAUGUCACUGCAUUGGGGCACUAUCAAUUGA